AGAAAACAAGAAUAAUGACUUCGGACACAGAAGACAAAGUGUAGUUAGAAGAACAGCAGUAACAACUCAAACAAAACUAGGCAAACAACUGAGCGAAAAACAACAACAAAAACACGUAAAUUAACUAACUAAAACACCGUUAGCGUGUUGAGCGCAUAUUUUUAUUUUAUCUAACAUUUUUAUUUUUUCUCACUCUAUAUAUGUAUAUAUGUAUAUAUAUAUAUUUUUCUUGAUAUUUACAGCUUUAUUGCUAAGCACUGCAUUUAUUACUAUCAUUCUUAUUAUUACAGUUAUUUACUAAAUAUUUCUCUUCGGCUCAUAGUGCCGUUUCGAAAUGCUGUAAGCCACUCGUCGUUGUCGCCUUUUGUUAUCAGUGCUUCAAUUGUUGUUUUGUUGUUGUUGUCAUACACGCUAUUGAUAUCGCUUUGUGUUCCUAAAUGUAUUCGCCGUCUAGUCGCCCGCUUUAUCAACUCGCUGUUGUCCGCAAACACCGGCACUGAAGCUCCAACAACGCCAACACCGUACCGACCUUCACCUCGCAUGCCUUCGGGCGCUGCUCCACUUUGCUCAACGCUCGUCGCUUGCCAUUUUUUCGAGUUGGCCGUUUUCAUUUCGUUAACAUGCGCUUACGCACACACACACACACACACACAAAUGUGCGAGCACUUCGCCAUUUCGGCAACACCAGCCAACUUCGUGUGUCUGCGUAUUGUUGACUCGCCGCUUUUAACCGUUUUUAAGCAUUUAGUUAAUAUUAUUAACCAAAGUGUCGUUGACGUGUGCGGUUCGUGUGCUCAGACGCCAACUAAGUGGCAGGUGGUAGGCCAGUUAGUCAGUGUUUUUGGUCAAAACAACAAUUUCUGCAAGUCAAAGUGUGUGUGUAAAUUGUACUAUACUUAGUUGUUGUUAUUGCUUUAGCAUAAUAAAUAAAGCAAUAGUUAGUUAAUGCUGGCAAACGUAGCACCCGGAGAGUAUGAGUGCUCUCCAUCUCUCUCUCGCUCGCUAUCUUGACUUCGGCGCGCACACACACACUAACGGCUGCGCGCAGUCGGUGCAACGCUGCGGAUGUGUAACCAAAUACUACAAUUUAGUAAUAACAAUUACGCGCUGUCGUUUGUGUCAGGUCGCGAGGCGUCUAAAGUGUCAACGCUUGGCUACGUGGUUUGGCCUCUUCGCUUUACGGUUAACUGUGCUUGUAAAACGAAGAGUGCGCUUAACGCAAAUACGCUCAUAGCGGCUACACGCGUGCUCCAACAAGUGUGUGUCAAAUUCAAAAACUAAAAAAAAAUUCAAAAUUGUUUGUCAACCUUCAAAGUGGGCUAAUGCCUGCUUGCGCUAGAGCGCACGAGAGUCAGCCCACAAACAUUAAUUGGAGUAGAGUUGGCAUUCCACGAGUGAUUUACUUUUUCUUUGUAAUCAGUGUUUUUUUACCAACUCAUCAGCUUGAGCUGCUCAUUUGUGCCACGAAAGUGUCGGUGUGCCGUGUAACAAAGAAAUUUCGCAGUCUAAACAAGUGGCGGCUGCUCAAUUAAAAGAAAGUUGGUGGCCGCAUGAAAGGCGAAAUGUACGAGAUUGCAGCAACCAGUUGUGUGAAAAUAUAAAUAUGCGCAAUAUUAGCUAGAAAUGUGGCGUAGAAAGUGCAGAAAAAAAACAAUUUGUUAAUGCAAAAAGCUCUCAAAGUAAUGAGAAAUGAGGAAGAAAUCAAAAUGCAAAGCAAAUAAGUAAAAUAUGGAUUACAUUAAAAUUUUUAGUCAAAGUAAACAAUAUAGAAAACGCAAACAAAGCAAAGAGUACAAUAAGCGCAAAACAACGUAGACAAAAGUAUUGUAUGAACAUAACUGGUAAUAAUAAAUAUAAUGAUAUGAAUGUGAAUAAAUAAUCGAGCUUAAGUCGUGUUAAGACUGCGCUGUGUUAAUGCUACAAACGUUUGAACAGUUUCCAACCAAAACGGUUUUUUUUGCUUCUCUUCCAACAGUUUGCGAUAAAAAGUUGUCAAAUUCUUAACUGCUGAGAACACAAACGUGGUUUUAGUCACAAAAAAAAACAAAAAAAAAAAUAAAAAAAAUAUAAAAAAUAUAUACAAAAAUAAAAAUUAAAAAAAAGCGAUUUCCGCAAAAUUACGCCGAAUUGAGUUUGGCUGUUAGGUCUUGCAGGCACAAUUUUGCGUUUAUACACGAUUUGGCAGUCCAAAACAAGAAACCAAAGUUUAUUGUGACAUGUUUUAAGAAAAAAUUAUUGAAACAAAGUGAGCAUUGGCACGUUUUGUACGCAAAACAUUGAAUUAACAAAAUUUUAAAAAAUUUAAAAAAAUGGCUGCGUAAUGAAACGUGAAAAAUCACUUAAACAGCUGUUGUGCUGAUUUUAGACUUUUUGGACGAGUUUAUUGCAUACUUAAAGGGUGUUUCAUUUGGCGCAUGCCGCGUUAUAUUUGUGAAGCUUAAAAUAAUAUUUUUUUAGUUUUAAUACCAGCCCUUUAGUACUAAAAUAUUUAUAUAUUUUCGAUUUGAAGAUCCAAAGACCUUCUAUAAAGUUUAGUGCCAAAAAAAAACUUUUUAUUUUUAUUGCUUUGAUGCUGUGAAAAUAUCAUACGAAAUAACGAAACAAAAGAAUUCCGAUCAAAUUUGAGCUAAAUAUUUUGAGCUGUAUUAAAUUUUUUUGUUUUUUGAUUUGAAGUUCGGAAGAGCUUUUAUAAAAAUUAGGAAGCACACACACUCUUAAUUUUUUUCUUGAUACUGUGAAAAUAUCGUACGAAUUUACGAUGACAAAGUCAGCUAACGUUUGAGCUCUUAAUAUUAAUACUAACAGCUGGCGCAUUGUGAUUUUUUAUUUUCCAUGAAAAUAACACAAGUAUAUUGUUUUAUAUUACUUGCGUAGUUAAUGCAUUUGAACAUAUUAUUUUAUUGAUAUAAUAAAAUUGUGUGCUUGUAGGGAAUUUAUUGAUCUAAAAAAAGUUCCGAUAUGAUGUUUUGUUAAAUCGACUCGUUAAAAGAUUAUUCAAGGUUAAAGUCCAGCCUUAAAGCGUAAAAAAUAAUUUAAACAUUUUUUUUUUAAAUUACUUCACAAAAUAAUUAGUUAAAAGUUUUUUUUUUUUGUGUGCUCACCCUAAUAAAGAUUACUGCAGCAUAUUUAAGAGCGCACUUUAGUUUAUUUCUAAUUUAAUUUGUUUAUUUGAUUUCCUUGCCGCACUAUGUGCUUAGUCUUAUGUAGUGUUAGCGCUUGAUUUGCAUAAUAAAGCAAAGCUUCUUAUCUUCCUACCGCGUCUUUCUUUUAAUAUUUAUUUUCAUUUUAUUUUAUGUAUAGUGCGUGUAUUUGAGUAUACGUUUUUUUUUAAUACACUUUUAUUGCAAACGAAGUAAAAGCAAAUUGAAUAUACAAAAAACUUUUGUAAAAGUGAGGAAGUGCGUUACUUUAAUACAGCAGCGUUGCAUUUAUGUGUUUAUAAAAAUUAAUUAAACUUUCAAAAUAGCAAAAUAAGAAAUUUUUUCUUUAUAUCUAUAGUAAACAAAAAUCUACUUUAAUUUACAUUUUUUUUUUAAGUAUACACUAUUAAAUGAUAUAUUCAAAUAUUGAAACCAAUAUGCUACAUAUUUUUAACAACCACUGUAUGCAUGUACUUUUAACUGCGGCGCGGCCACUUGUUGCACAACAGCAAUCAUAUGUUUGCCCACAUUAACACACUCGCAAUUGCCAAUAUUUGUUCCGUGUUGACUGCAGUUGUUUGUUUUGCACGACAAGCUGCCGAGCACGUGUGUGUUCUAAGCGAAAUGAAAACGUUUAAGUGAAGAAAAAGUAAAAGAAAAUAAAAAUUCAUGGAUAAUUAAGUGCAAGAUCAAAGUUACGAUUAUAUAAUAGGUGCAAAAAGACAUAGAAAUGGUUGAAGCACAACGUUUAUAUGCGUGCAAAUGUUGUAAAUUUCCAAGUAAAUGAACACGAUUGUGCGAAGACAUGCUUAAUUUAGUGUUUUUAACGCUCGAAAGAGAUUUAAUUACAUUUAUAACAGAGAAAAUUAUUAAAUUUGUUUAUAUAAGUGGCUUAAGUGAUAUGGAAGUCGUUGUUGCUGUGCUCUUUAAUUGAUUUCUGUUUUAAAAAAUGCUGUCUUUUAAUUUAUCAAGUUGUGUUUUAAAAAAAUUAAUAUCGAAAAAGUAUGUAAUAAAAAAAUGUUUUAGUGAAAAACAAUGUGAAAAUUUUUCAUUAACGUUUUUGUAAAAUAAUAAGUAAAAAAUAUUAAUAAAAAAGCUAUAUCGAAAGCUAAGAACAACAAAAAAUACAAAUAUAUAGUCGCAUAGUCAACAGACGACAUGAUGUCUGCCGAGACGGAGCAAAUUGAUGCAAGUCGCAUGAAUGAAUUACGACGUCACAGACGCAGCAUAUCACAGCUGAUUGCCAAUAUAGACGAAUUCAUCGAUCGUGAGACUGGUCUUGCGAAUCCUGCGCUCGUCUAUGAUGAGCUAGACUAUCCACAUCUCUAUUCACAGUUCGACGGCGGUGGCGCAAUAACGAUGACCAGCAAUAUCGAUCCGCAGCAAUCACGUGCCUACAUAGUCAACGCCACCGAUAGCAUUGAUGGUGAGAGUAGAGAUUACACACCCGAAGAGUUGGAGGAGGAAGAUGGUGAGGAAAAGGUUACGCGCUGUGUGCCCGAUUUUCAGUUCUCGCUCGUCGAUUCGGAAUAUGACGAGACGCUGGCGUUUCCCGAUUCCGUGACGAUAUUGUCGAAUGUCGGUGAUAAACCAGUGCUGGUACAGCGUAAAGACACCGACGACGAUGACGAUGAGGAGGAGGGUGCUGGUGCAUUGAUGGGACAACCUUCGGAGAUACCAUAUACGUCUAUAUAUGGACCGAGCAUGAAAUUCAAUUCAUUUCAGCGUAAAGUAUUCAUACCCGGUAUGGAGAUACAGGUGCGAAUAAUCGACAACGAACGCAGUGUGACGACGCAUUUAUUAAAUCCAAAUUUGUAUACCAUCGAACUGACGCAUGGACCUUUCACGUGGACCAUCAAGCGACGCUACAAGCAUUUCAAUUCGCUGCAUCAGCAGCUAAGUUUCUUUCGCACCUCACUGAACAUUCCAUUCCCGAUGCGCAGCCACAAGGAGAAGCGUGCCACAAUUAAAAAGGCGGCCAUACAAAUGGCCGAUGAGGCGCGUCUGAAGUCAAUGCAGCUGUCGCAGACCCAGACAACGAUCUGCGAGAUGAGCCAGAAACUGCAGUGUAAUGGUAACGGUGAAGCCUGCAGUACAAUGGUUUUGCCUAGCACUAGCAAUAGUCCGCUGUCCAAUUUGGGUAUUUUGGGUAAGAAAAGGAAGAAGGAAAGAAAACUGCCACGUUUCCCCAAUCGACCCGAAUCGCUUAUAACGGUCGAGUCAUUGCCUAUGCGUAUAAAGCAAUUGGAGGAUUAUCUGUACAACUUACUGAACAUCAGCUUGUAUCGCAAUCAUCACGAAACGCUGAACUUCGUUGAGGUCUCAAAUGUCUCUUUCGUGUCCGACCUCGGCAUCAAGGGCAAGGAGGGCGCUAUACAAAAGCGUACCGGCUCCACGCGUCCCGGUCAGGCAGGUUGUAAUUUUUUCGGUUGUUUUCAGCAGAAGUGUUGUGUGCGCUGCAGCUUCUUUUGCUCGGACGUUCUGUACGGUAAAUGGCGUAAUCGUUGGUUCUUUGUCAAGGAGACUUGCUUCGGUUACAUACGUCCCACCGAUGGUGUCAUUAGAUCUGUGAUAUUAUUUGAUCAGGGUUUCGACGUCUCCACUGGCAUCUAUCAGACCGGCAUGCGUAAGGGUCUGCAGGUGCUUACCAAUAAUCGUCACAUUAUACUGAAGUGCUGGACACGUCGGAAGUGCAAAGAGUGGAUGCAAUACCUCAAGCAGACCGCAAAUAGUUAUGCGCGCGACUUUACCUAUCCCAACCCGCAUAUGUCCUACGCGCCUGUACGUUCUGGUAUUCAAGCGAGUUGGCAUGUCGACGGUUCUACUUAUAUGGGCGCCAUAGCGGAUGCGCUUGAAGAGGCAAAAGAGGAAAUCUAUAUCGCUGAUUGGUGGUUGAGUCCGGAAAUUUAUAUGAAACGGCCGGCGGUUGAUGGCGAUUACUGGCGCUUGGAUAAGAUCUUGCAUCGUAAAGCGUCACAGGGCAUUAAGGUGUUCGUGCUACUCUACAAAGAGGUCGAAAUGGCUUUGGGCAUUAAUAGCUACUACAGCAAACAGAGGCUUUCACAUGAGAAUAUAAGGGUACUCCGACAUCCCGAUCAUGCGCGCGCUGGUGUGUUCUUCUGGGCUCACCAUGAAAAGAUUGUUGUAGUGGAUCAGACUUACGCUUUCAUCGGUGGUCUCGAUCUUUGUUAUGGCCGUUGGGACGACUAUCGACAUCGUUUGACUGACCUUGGCAGCAUAUCCACCGCCUCUGCUUCGGGUAGCACACGACGUCUAGGCGGUUUCUUUACUAAAGACGAUGCCGACUCUGCCUUCGGUUCGCAGAAGUCCUCACGCAAAUGUACGAAUGUAAAUGUAGACCUACAGAAAAGGGAACAAUUAAGCGCAAACAGUGAAGAACACCAAUUUGAAGAGGUUGAGCUACGUACACUCGCGCCAGGCGAUAAACUUGUGAUACCUGAAUUGCUUUCACCGCCCACAGGCGAACCAAUCGCCAUCGAAGGCAUGAAAUUAAAUACACCCGAAAUGGAGCGUAAGAAUGUUUUGGAGAAAAUCACUACGAAUGCGAUGCGUAAGGGUAAAGACUUGGUGAGUCGGCUAACAAUGACCGAACAUGAACGCGCAGCGUCGCCUGAUAUGCUGAAAGAUCCCAAACAGCUUGUGUUCACCAUUGAUGAGGUGGAAACUGGACGCUUGGGUGGUUUAGAGGAUCCCACGCCUUUCCAAACGCAAAUACUCAACGAUUACUAUGGUCAAGCAAAGUAUUGGUUCGGCAAGGAUUACUCCAAUUUCAUACUCAAAGACUGGAUGAAUUUAGAUGCGCCGCUCGUCGACAUCAUAGACCGCUCGACAACACCACGUAUGCCUUGGCAUGACGUGGGCGUGUGUUUAGUGGGAUCAGCGGCGCGCGAUGCGGCGCGUCACUUCAUACAGCGCUGGAAUGCUGUAAAGCUGGAGAAGAUGCGUGAUAACGCCAGCUUCCCAUAUUUAAUGCCAAAGAGUUACAACAAUAUCAGGCUGAAUCCAAAUAUUACCUUGAAGCGUCAGAAUCGUGUUACGUGUCAGCUGCUGCGCAGCGCGUCCUCUUGGAGCUGCGGUUUCAUCGAGCAGGAUUUGGUUGAACAAAGCAUACAUGACGCUUACAUACAGACAAUAACGAAGGCGCAGCAUUUUAUCUACAUCGAAAAUCAAUUCUUUAUCACCAUGCAGUUGGGUGCGACGGGUGCGUAUGGCAAUGUGCGCAAUCAGAUUGGUGAAACGCUGUUUAAGCGAAUCGUGCGCGCGCAUAAAGAACGCAAGACUUUUCGUGUAUUUGUGAUCAUACCACUACUGCCUGGCUUUGAGGGUGACGUUGGCGGCAGCACUGGCAAUGCGGUGCGCGCCAUCACGCAUUGGAACUAUGCAUCGAUAUCACGCGGUCGCUCUGGAAUACUAACACGUCUGCAGGAGGUGGGCAUAAAAGAUCCCGGUGAAUAUAUCUCCUUCCACAGUUUGCGCACAAACUCACAGCUCAACAAUAAUCCAAUCACUGAACUAAUUUAUGUGCACUCCAAGCUGUUGAUCGCAGACGAUCGCGUUGUAAUAUGUGGUUCGGCAAAUAUCAACGAUCGUUCCAUGAUCGGCAAACGUGAUUCGGAAAUUGCGGCCAUCAUAACCGAUGAAGAGUUUGAAGAUGGACGCAUGAAUGGCAAAAAAUAUCCAAGCGGUGUGUUCGCCGGUAGACUGCGCAAAUUUCUAUUUAAGGAGCAUUUAGGCUUACUCGAUCCAGACGCGGAUCGUAUGCCAAUCGAUGUGAUGGAUCCGGUGAUCGAUCAGUUUUGGAAUGGUAUGUGGCGACGCACGGCAACACGCAAUACUGAGCUUUAUGAAGAGAUCUUCAAGUGUCUGCCAACUGAUAAGGUGAAAUCGUAUGCAGAUUUGCGAAAAUAUCAGGAAGAACCGCCGCUAUGUAAGUCCGAUCCAGAAAUGGCUAUGAAGCGGGUGGCAAAUAUACAGGGUUUCCUAGUCAACCUUCCAUUGGACUUCCUCAACAAAGAGGUGCUCAAACCGCCUGGCACCAGUAAAGAGGGACUCAUCCCGACCGCCGUGUGGACGUAGUCACAGGCGUGCAUUUACGCUGUUAAAAAUUUGCUACAAUGUAUUUAUUACUACUAUUACUAUUAUUUUAAUUAUGAUUACUAUAAAUAUUAUUAUUAUUUUAUUAUUAUUAUCACAAUUGUAUAUUAAGAAGCGUAUAAAAUUGAAAAGUUUAAAGUGCUUUAUUAGCAUGUAAGUGUAGAAUAAGGCUUUGUUGACUUUAUUAUU